AGCGGGACGCAGUGAGACAGACCGGACCGCGGAGCAGUGAGACCGGUGUUUGUGUAUAUAUAUUUAUUUAUACAUACAUAUAUGUGUGUGUGUGUGCGCGCGCUCCACAUCCGGUCGACUCAUUCCAGUCAGUAUUAGUUAUUAGUUAUUAGUUUGCUCCAGUGUCGCGCGCGGACUGAUCGGUAAAAAUGGAUGUAACAGAGAGCCGCUGUGAUCUGACUUACUGCAAGAUGAGGGGGAUCGUUUCCGUGCUCACCGCCUUCAUCAAAGAAAGGAAGAUGGGCUUAAACGAUUUCAUUCAGAAGCUGGUCUCCAACCCUCACAUCUGCCAACACUCUCAAGUAGACCAUUUCACGAAGAUUGACGAGAACCAGAACGAGGAAACGGGAAGAGACGGCGAAAUCGACUCACCUCAGAUGUGCCUGACCUCCCCAAGGAGCUCGCUAGCCGAGGAGAUUCAGAUAAAGCCCUGCGACUUUGACUACCUGAGGAUCAUCGGCAAGGGGAGUUUUGGGAAAGUUCUGCUGGCCAGACACAAAGAAACGGAACAGUACUACGCUGUGAAGGUGCUCCAGAAGAAGAUCGUUCUGAAGAAGAAAGAGCAAAAGCAUAUCAUGGCUGAGCGCAGCGUUCUGCUGAAGAACAUCAAACACCCGUUCCUGGUGGGGCUUCAUUACUCCUUCCAGACCACCGACAAGCUCUACUUUGUGCUGGACUACGUCAAUGGAGGCGAGUUGUUCUACCACCUCCAGCGAGAGAGGAUUUUCCUGGAACCCAGAGCUCGGUUCUACGCUGCUGAGAUCGCCAGCGCUCUUGGCUACCUCCAUUCCCUGCAUGUCGUUUACAGAGAUCUCAAGCCGGAGAACAUCCUCCUGGACUCUCAGGGCCACAUUGUACUCACUGAUUUUGGCUUGUGUAAGGAGGGACUGGAACCCGACGACACCACCAGUACAUUCUGUGGCACUCCAGAGUAUUUGGCACCGGAGGUCCUGCAGAAGCAAGCGUAUGACCGCACGGUGGAUUGGUGGUGCCUCGGGUCUGUCCUUUAUGAGAUGCUUUACGGAUUGCCACCUUUCUACAGUCGCAACACAGCUGAGAUGUACAACAACAUCCUGCACAAGUCUCUGGUGCUGAAGCCGAACGUGUCCAACGCUGGGCGCGAGCUGCUCGAGGGGCUUCUACAAAAGGACCGCACCAAGAGGCUGGGAGUGAAGGAUGACUUUCUGGAACUCAAGAGCCACAGCUUCUUCUCACCCAUCAAUUGGGACGACCUGAUGGCCAGGAAGAUCACGCCUCCUUUUAUUCCCUCAGUGUCGGGUCCCACAGACCUCCGGCACUUUGACCCUGAGUUCACCCACUUGCCUGUCUCCACUUCCGUGUCCAACUCCGACAACCUGCACUUGACUAGCAGCGUCCGAGAGGCAGCCGGCGCUUUCCCAGGCUUUUCAUAUGGCCCUCCAGCCGACUUCGCCUUCCAGUAGUCUCUUCCAGUCCCCCAGAGUCCCCACAAUUCAGACCAAAAACCUGCAACACAGGAUACAUGCUCGGCACACACGAGGGACCAUAAUGGAGUUAGGACGACUGACUCAGUGUGGACGGUUGUGAUCGUCCGUGUGAGAUUUACGGAACUCGAGAGUCACGACUUUGCAAAAAAUGGACUACACCCCUGAAGCACCCGUGUGCCAAGUGUCUGGACGAGGAAAUUCCUUAUCUGGGGGAGGUUAAGAAGUGCCUGGGCAUUUUAAAGAGUUAAUGACUAGAAUGGCCAGGCUUUUGGAUAAAGCUCAUGGUACUGAAUCAGAUGCCUUUUGGAUUUGCAUACGAUCAAACUUUGCAGACGGAAAGUUAUAUGGUAUAAAUGGUACUUUAAUGCAAUAUUGCACAUGAGGAGGACAAAAAAGUAUGAUGGAAACUGUUCGUAUCUGAUAGCUAGAGAUUUUCACUGUAAAAAUGGUGACCUUUGUAAUUGGACAUGUUUAUACGCAUUACAUAAACACCUAGAAAUUAAAAUUUCCUAAUUCUGCAUCACUAAGAUAACUCCAGGGUUUACUUGGUGUUGUCGCCCCCCCCACCCACCCACCCAAAGUAUCUGAUUAUAUCCAUCUCCAAAAUCUCUUAGCUGUUAUUCAGUAGAUAUCUCGAAUGUUGUGUCUUACAAGGACUUCCUUCUUGUUUCUCUUCAAAGCCAGCACUUUCAUACUCUGAUGUGUGCUUAUGGAAUUUGCUUGCUAAUAUAAAUAUCAUGAAAUGAGAGAGGCUUUAUUUUAAUACAAGAAAUAAAAUAAAAUUGAAAAUAAAAAUUGCAUCACGCUCAGUCACAUGGAUGUCAUAUAUAUAUAUAUAUAUAUAUAUAUAUAUAUAUAUAUAUAUAUAUAUAUGUAUGUAUGUAUGUGUAUAUGUUCUAGGUCAAGCACUGAAGGAACCUCAAAUCUUUCGAUUCACAAACAUCGCCUGUUUGAAUAUUUUACACACACUGUGACCGGAGUGUGCUUUUUCCCUCCCUCCCAUCACUCUCUUAUAAAUCUUUCCUACUGUGCAAUGAAAUUUGACUUCACGCUGAACAGCAAAUGAUUAGAAAUAUUAGUAGCUGCUUCUAGACUACUUCUCAGAUAAAAGAUAAAACCGCGGUAAAUUUCGACAGGCCUUUCAUAAUUUGAUAAAUGAAAAGGUGCGUAUGUUUGUACUGUUGGACCAAUCUAACCUUCUGUAGAAACAUAAGUUUAUUUUCUUCCAUAUUUGGAAGUUUAUCGCUUUAUUUUGUACAUUUUCAUGUAUAUUUAUUUUACAUGGCAUUCUGUACCAUAUUUUAGAAUUUAUUCAAUAUUUAACUGUGAUGUUUAUUAAAUGUUAAAUAAAUCCAAUAAAGAAAACACUUAUUUGGGUGAUUAAAAUAC